AUGGCACAGUCAGACACUAAGAAGAUAUUCUUUGAGAACCUCUCUGGAGCGGGGAAAGCAAUCGCCGUUCUGACUAGCGGAGGGGAUGCUCAAGGGAUGAAUGCUGCUGUGCGUGCUGUGGUCCGAAUGGGAUUGUAUGUGGGAGCAAAGGUUUAUUUCAUUCGUGAGGGGUAUCAGGGUAUGGUGGAUGGUGGAGAGAACAUAACAGAAGCUACAUGGGAAAGUGUGUCCAGCAUGCUUCAAGUGGGUGGGACAGUUAUUGGCAGUGCUCGGUGUAAAGACUUUCGCACACAUGAAGGUCGCCUGAAGGCUGCUCUCAACUUGGUGAAACUUGGUAUCACCAACCUUUGCGUGAUUGGCGGCGAUGGCAGCCUGACGGGUGCGAACCUCUUCAGGGAAGAAUGGAGUGGAUUGCUGACUGAACUGGUAGAGCAAGGUUCUAUUGAGCAACAGUCUGUUCAAACUUACUCCGCCCUUCACAUUGUCGGAAUGGUGGGCUCCAUCGAUAACGACUUCUGUGGAACUGACAUGACAAUAGGCACAGAUUCUGCUUUACAUCGAAUUAUUGAGGUGGUGGAUGCAAUCAUGACAACCGCACAGAGUCACCAGAGAACAUUUGUUUUAGAAGUAAUGGGCAGACACUGCGGAUACCUGGCUUUGGUCAGUGCUCUGGCUUGUGGGGCAGACUGGGUUUUAAUCCCUGAGAUGCCUCCAGAGGAUGGCUGGGAAGAGAAGAUGUGUCAAAAACUGUCUGCGAACCGAGCAGGGAUGAAAAGGCUGAAUAUCAUAAUAGUAGCUGAAGGGGCGAUUGACCAUAACAACAAGCCAAUUACCACUGACUAUAUUAAGGAUCUUGUUGUCAAAUGUUUGGGUUUUGACACGCGAGUGACAAUCCUGGGUCACGUACAGCGAGGAGGGACUCCAUCUGCGUUUGACCGUAUCUUGGCAAGUCGAAUGGGUGUGGAGGCGGUUCUUGCCCUGCUGGAGACGACAGCCAACACGCCAGCAUGUGUGGUCUCUCUUUGUGGUAACCAGUCAGUGCGGUUGCCUCUGAUGGAAUGUGUCGAAAUGACUCAAAAAGUGCAGAAGGCAAUGGAUGAAAAAAAAUUUGAGGAAGCCGUCAAGCUCCGGGGGAGGAGUUUCGAGAAUAACCUGAAGACCUACAAACUGCUUGCUCAUCGUAAACCAGAGUCUGAACUGCCAACUAGCAAUUUCAAUGUGGCAGUGCUGAACGUGGGCGCACCUGCAGCAGGCAUGAACGCGGCCGUCCGGUCAGCUGUCAGGGUGGGCAUCUCCGAAGGACACAAGAUGUUUGCUGUCAGCGAUGGAUUUGAGGGGUUCUACAAAGGUCAGAUUAAGGAGAUUAAAUGGGCUGAUGUUGGAGGAUGGACAGGUCAGGGAGGAUCUCUUUUGGGAACUAAAAGAACGCUCCCCGCAAAGCAUGUUGAAAAAAUUGCUGAGCAGAUGCGAGCUCACAACAUAAAUGCACUGCUGGUAAUUGGUGGAUUUGAGGCCUUCCUGUCGCUGCUGGAGUUGUUAACGGCACGCGGGAAGUAUGACGAGUUCUGUGUGCCCAUGAUCAUGGUCCCGGCCACAGUCUCCAACAAUAUACCGGGCUCAGACCUCAGCAUUGGAGCUGACACAGCUCUGAAUGCCAUUACGACUACUUGCGACCGCAUCAAGCAGUCAGCUAGUGGGACAAAAAGACGUGUGUUCAUCAUUGAGACCAUGGGAGGUUACUGUGGCUAUCUUGCCACCGUAGCAGGCCUGGCUGCCGGGGCCGAUGCUGCGUACAUCUACGAGGAGCCCUUUGACAUCAGAGAUCUACAAGCCAAUGUCGAGCACUUGACAGAGAAAAUGAAGACAAGUAUUCAAAGAGGCCUAGUUCUGAGAAAUGAGAACUCAAAUGAAAACUACACCACAGACUUCAUUUACCAGCUAUACAGUGAAGAAGGCAAAGGUGUGUUUGACUGCAGGAAAAAUGUACUGGGACAUAUGCAGCAGGGAGGAGCUCCUUCUCCGUUUGACCGAAAUUUUGGGACCAAGAUCUCUGCCAAGGCAAUGCAGUGGGUCACCAAAAAGCUGGUGGAGACAUUCAGACAAGGUAGAGUGUUUGCCAACACUGAGGACAGUUGCUGCUUGCUAGGAAUGCGCCGGAGGGCUCUUAUCUUCCAGCCAGUUGUACAACUUAAGGGGGAGACUGACUUUGUUCACAGGAUCCCUAAGGAGCAGUGGUGGUUGAAGCUUCGUCCCCUGAUGAAGAUCCUAGCCAAGUACAAGACAAGCUACGAUGUCUCGGACUCAGGACAGCUGGAGCAUGUCGUGCACAACCGGCCCAAAGAUUCAGAUGCAUCUGUGGCCAUGUGA